CGCACUGUCGGGCCCUCCACCCCCUCACCUCAACCUUCAUCAUUUAUAUCUGUUGAAGGCUCCCAGUUUCAGGAAAAUCCAUGCCAUUUUGAUCAGUUCUGCAUUUAUCUUAUCCACCACGCCUACCCUGUGGUUCAAAUUCUCGGCUUCAAAGCUGGGGCCCCGGUGUUUCCCGUCGCCCUGCAGACCAAGCAUUCUCGUCCCUCGAUCCUGCUCCACCGUACCUCGAAGCUUGGCUGCACUGCCAAGUAGAGUCUAUUCAAGCUUCCUGCUUUCGAACGGAACAUCCUCUCGCCUCUUUUCGACCUUUCCGCACCCUCUGUACGACGCGAUGAACAACAACACCACCCCUUCGCCUAGUCCUGGCCCUGCGGCGAAGACUUCCGGCAGUCCCAAGCCCAAUGCCUCGGCAACAGCAGGUACCAAGAGAAAGCGAAGCGCACCGGGGAAGUUUUAUGCGGUCAAGGCGGGCUAUCAGCCUGGCAUCUACUACGAAUGGAAUGACUGCUUGACUCAAGUGACGGGGUACAAAGGGGCGGUCUUUCAAGCUUUCCCAACCUACGAGGAAGCAAAUGCUUUCCUUACAGGGACGCAGCUGCCAGGCGCCCGUGGUGCCGCUCCUUCGAGUUCGGAGCCAACAAGAUUCUACGGCAUCCAGCGAGGACGCGUCCCCGGUGUAUACACAGAUUGGGCCAGGGCGCAGGAACAGAUCAGAGGGUUUGCCCGCCCUCGUUACAAGAAAUUCUCCACGCGAGAAGAGGCGGAGGAAUUCGUCAGAAUGGAGCAGGGAGCGGGAGCGGGAGCGGGAGCUACCUUUGCCGGAGGUACUGCUACGUCGCAGACAUUGCCCGGACCACCAGGUCUUACGGAUGAGAUACCAAAGGACGAGCAGGGAAACAUCUUGGAACCGGGCACUGGUCCAUUACCGCCAGGUGCGGAGGACGGCUUCGAUCCCAAUGUGCUUUUGGACCCGGCCACAGGAAAGGUGGUUUACAAAACCAAUGAGCAAAAAUCCGCAACCAAGACGAGGCCGAUUGGUCCCCCGGGCAUGUUGCGCAUCUACACAGACGGCAGUGCGCUGAAGAACGGUAGAGACACGGCAGCGGCAGGCGUCGGAGUCUUCUUUGGGCCCGGAGAUACAAGAAACGUCUCGGAGCCAUUAAGAGGCAACCGGCAGACUAAUCAGCGUGCGGAACUUACCGCAAUUCUUCGAGCUCUGGACAUCGCUCCUCGGCAUCGCGACGUCACCAUCUUCACAGAUAGUCGUUAUGCGAUAGAUUGUGUGACUGUAUGGUUCGUCAAGUGGCGGAAGAAUAACUGGUUGACUGCCGACCAGAAGCCAGUCGAGAAUAAGGAUUUGAUCGAGUCGAUCUUGGUGAAGAUCGAGGAACGCAAUGAGCUCAAAGUCAAGACUCUAUUUGAAUGGGUCAAGGGACAUAACCGCGAUCCGGCACGCAAUAUCCCGGAUGAGGUUCUUGACGAAGAUUUCUAGGCUUGUAUACCUGGGAAACAUCCCAUAAUUCGAAGUUCUGCUGGGUAUAUUGAACUGAAGUUCCGCUCCGCACAGCAGUGAUACUCCCAUGAAGGGAAGAUGCGACAAUGGACAGAGUCAAUUGGACAUCAUAUAUCCUUUAUGUAGCCGUGUCUAUC